AUGAACAAUUUGGCUGCCUCUAUCCUUGCUGCUGAAGAUCACCCAUUGCAUCAGGAGUUAACGGAGGUGAGGAAGACAAGAAGAGAACAAGAGCAAGAAGCAGAAGAUGACGGCAUUGAAGAUAUCAGAUCUACUGGAAUGACGAGUAGAGACAAAGGCGCGAGCAGCACUAUAGGUGUACUACAAGACCUAGCGUUGCUCCAAAAAUCGCUGAUUGCAAGAGGCGCUUACAAGGCCUGGCGCAUACGGGAAUUGCUAGCGUUGCAGAGCGAGGAGGCAUUCGACGUCGCUGAUGAGAUCGCGCGGGUACAAAGUUCUGCGCGACGGAGAGCAGAGGUUGUCGCAGCGCGAUUGAUGAUUUUAAAUGGCAGUUCAACAGAUUCUGAUUCCUCUGUGCGGCAGAACUCAGCAUUAGCAGCGCUUUCUUCCCGACAGCUUCUUAGAAUCGAGGCUGCCUGCGCGAGGCAGCAAAGUUACUUGCGGGGGCUCAGGCUGACAUACGACACUUUGUGUGAGCGCUUUGCAGCCACUAACUUCUCCAGUGCGCGACUUUACAGUGGUGGCGAUGAGGGUGACGGUGAAAACAGCCUAUUUCUAGCAGGCGCCGACAGGGUGUUGGAUUUUCUCUCAGACAAAGCGAAAUUCAUUUCACGUUUCAAGCGCGAGAUGCUCACCGGCGAUCCGAAGCUCUACCGAGGUUUAGGCCUGGAUCACUUCCUGGACACAAGGUCUGGACAGUGUGUAGAAAAAUGUGACAAUGCACUGGAAGAUAUCGCAGCUCCUCGCGCAGUAUCAACUGAAGCAAAGACCGCAGAUCCCUGCAGUAUCAAGGAAGAAGCAGUGGAGAAGCCCUUUCGAAACUGGUGUUUGCAGUGCAACAGAGGCUUUCCAGAUUUUCUACUCGUGAGGCACAAGUUGUGCGUCUGGUGCGAGCAGCGCAUGAGGGAAGAAAGGCCUACGGCAUGCCCUUUCUGCUGUAUUCAUGAGUGGUAUACCAAGGAGCAAGAAGAAUCGCGAAUACUGAAGAACCGCAUGAAAAAAGAAAAGCGACGCUUGGUCCUGCUGGCCGCUUGUGCUGUCAAGACUGAAGCCGCGGUUGUGAACUCGUCGCCGAGAAGUGUGACCAUGAAAAAAAGAGAACAACAGCAGCAUGUUCAUCACCAUACCCAGCAUUAUGAAGCUAACCACAAUAAUGAGACCAGAAACGUUCUCUAUCAGACUCAGAGCAGCCGUUCGACUUGUUGCAGCUCGGUUGAUUCGAGUGGUGAUAGGGAAGCACAGAAUCCGAACGAAAAAGUGUUCUCUAAGCCUCAUCUAGUACAGGAGCCUUCCGAAAAAUGCAUCUUGCUAUUCUGUCCGCAUCAAAAGAGGUGCGCCAAGUGCGACAUUGACUUCGAGCAUUGUGCCUUGUGCAAUCUAGCACGCGGUGACGGCGAGGACGUGAGUCAGCUAGCUGCAAGUUUACGUCCCACACAUCUUUUCCUCGAUUUCGAUCGCACCAUAAGCAGCACGAAAUGCGGCAGUGAUCCUCUGCAGCGAGAGUACGUGGUGGAUCCUGCACUACAAGAACUGUCUAAUACUUUAGCAAGCAGCUCGAGCUCCAACUCGUCUGGUAGUGGUACUGGAUCUGAUCUUGUUCCACCUUGCCGUCUACUGGUGCUGACACGGAAUUCUCACGAGAAGAAUAUUCGUGAAUUCCUGCAACAGAAAAACUUUGCUUACUCAGACGUCAUCGUGGCAGCAAAAGGCGCUCGGAAGUGCGAAGUAAUGAAAGACAUCAUGACAGACCAAAAUCAAGAAGGACGACGCAGCACUGCGCUCUUCGCUGACGACAGUGCUGCAGAGCAUCUGUUUAACGACGACGCGAUAACCAGAGUCCUUUUUGCGAGAUAACAAAACCAAUGCUUGUCCGAUAGUAUUCUUCAACUCGUUGUUUCAGCGACCAUACUAUAAACGCAGUUCUGUUUUCCCCAUGUCUCGCUUUUCAGGUCUCAAUAGUUUGAUUUUGCCCUCCUUGCUGCUGUCAUGAGGACAAUGCCUCUCCUGGCGACGCAAGGAAGAGGGCUACCUAUCAUGUCAGAGUUUAUUGUGCGGCUUACUAAUAUGUUUGAGUGCUUGUCAUAGAUACAUAGGGGUUCAGUACUUGCAAUGUCGGUUUUUGGAUUCUGAUCUUCGGUCUAGAUUAUUCACUUUCUGCACUGAAAAUGCAAUUCUCCCCACCUGAUUUGGGAUCUUGCCAUCGACAAUAAGAGUCUCUCAGACACGAGGACUCGAACUCGAA